CUGGUUUAAAUCCAAACACUUUUAAAGUUAAGAAAGAUGGAAGGACUGUCACUGGAUUAAAUCACAGCCCUAGUUGUAAUGGGAUAAAAUGUACUGACAAUCAGGGAGUUGCACAAGAUAUCCAAUGAAGCCCACAUGACGGGUAGAGACGAAGAUAUGCAAUCAGUGAGUCACUCAGUCAGUUUGAACAGCCAAUAUCCUGUUUUUCUCGUCAGACCUGAUACAGGAAGUAAUUUUUCAACUGCAGAAAAGUUAGUUUCAUUUUUAAAACGAGCUGAAACAAACGACACUGGUGUUCAGUCAGGUUGAAGAGUCAUGGACAGUCUGAGGUGUGUGCUGUUGGUGCUCUGCUUCCAAAACUACUGGAAUUGGCUUCAAACUCUGGAAGAAGUUGCUCUGCGUUUUGUUGUGCUCGCUGACUGGGGAGGUGUUCCUUUCCCUCCAUACUACACUCCACAUGAGGAGGCUGUUGCUGCAGAGGUGGACAGGUUGGCCCAGACUGGGGGAGUUGACUUCAUCCUCAGCCUGGGAGAUCACUUCUACUUCAGUGGUGUCAAGAAUGCGGAAGACCCUCGCUUCAAGCACACAUUUGAAAGGGUCUUCUCCCAGCCUUCUCUGCUGGAUAUCCCAUGGUAUCUGAUUGCUGGAAACCACGACCACAAGGGCAAUAUCUCAGCUCAGAUGGCCUACUCUGACACAUCCCACCGCUGGAAUUACCCAGGUCUCUACUAUGAUCUACAGUUUACUGCCCCGCACACAAAUGUGUCCCUGAGCAUCCUGAUGAUUGACACAGUGGUGUUAUGUGGAAACACCGAUGACCAAACCCAGCCUUCAGGACCAGAGAACCCCCGGGAUGCAGAGCAACACUGGAACUGGAUCAGGUCGAAACUGGCCAGCAGCAAGUCAGACUAUGUUGUGGUCGCUGGUCAUUAUCCUGUGUGGUCCAUUGGCAAUCAUGGACCAACAUCCUGUCUAGUAGACAGACUGAGGCCCCUACUGAAGAAAUACAGAGUUACUGUGUACCUAUGUGGCCAUGAUCACAAUCUGCAGUUUAUCAGAGAGGAUGAUGGGAGCUCGUAUGUAGUUAGUGGGAGUGGGGCUGUCAGCGACCCUGCCACCACUCACAGGAACAGUGUUCCUCUGUCCUGGCAGCUCUACUCCAGUCCUGUCAAUCACACAGCAGGAGGCCUGACUUACUUACAGGUCAAUGAGCAUCAGAUGACGGUCACCUUCAAGCAGACUGAUGGUAAAUGUGUUUACCAGGCAGAGCUGCCAGCACGCCAGCACGUCUGAUUUCUUUGAUCAAUCUAUAGAUAUGAUCUGCAAUAGUCAGAUAGAACAUAUUUAUUAUCAUGUAUACAUGUGGUGUAUACAGUGAUAACUUUUGCACAUGUUUUAUGUGUUUCACAUAUUCAUUCAUUAAUUUUCCGUAACCUGCUUAUCCAGCUGAGAUCGACUCCAGCACCCCUGCUUAUCCAGUUAAGGGUCACAGGGGGUGCUGGAGCCGAUCUCAGCUGUCAAUGGGUGAAGGCAGUGUACACCCUGGACAGGUCGCCAGUCUGUCGCAGGGCUGAUGUAUAUAGACCAACCAUUCACACUCACAUCCACACCUACGGGCAAUUUAGAGCCUUCAAUGAACCUUAGCUGCAUGUCUUUGCACUGUGGGAGGAAGCCGGAGAACCCGGAGAGAACCCACGCUGACACGGGGAGAACAUGCAAACAACGGAGGUUGUCUAGCCCGGGAAUUGAACCCCAGCCCCUCUUGCUCUGAGGCGACAGUGCUAACCACUACACCACCGUGCAGCCCUGUUUCACAUAUUGUCCACGCAUAAUCCUUUGUAUGUAUGUGUG